AUGCCAUUGGUAGAUGCAAGAGCCUUGCAAGACAAGAGACUUGUAAGUCACAUCUCUGAAAAGGAAAGAGAUCUCUUCCCCACACACGACCAGAUCGGCAACUUGUCUGGCUCAAGGCCACUGAAAGAACUCCAGGUGACGGUGUGCUUGCUGCUGGUGGAACUGUGUGAAAAGUUCACUUUCUUUGGCAUUGUUUGCAACGUCAUCCUUUUCUGUACCGUCAAGCUUGACUACCGCAAUUACCAAGCAGCGAUGGUUAACCUGUGCUUUGUGGGGGCAUGUAUGGUGACACCUGUCCUGAUGGGUUGGCUUGCGGAGUGCCUGGUGGGGAGGAUCAAAUUGAUGUAUAUCUGCAUGUUGCUGCAUUUUAUAGGUACAGCCCUUUUACCUAUUGUAGCCUUCCCCUUUGAAGAUUUUUACUCAGAGAAGCUCUAUGCCCGACAUUUGGCUAAAAAGGAGCAGAAGAUUCUCUUCUAUGUUGGACUGUCUGCCACAUCCCUGGGUUCAGGAGGCAUUAGAGCCAUCGUGUGUCCCUUCAGUGCCUACAAUCUGGAAGGACACAGACCAAAGGAGCUUCUGUCAUUUUUCAACAGGUUUUAUUGGCUGGUAAACUUAAGUUCGGCUAUUGUGUUCCUCAUCAUUUCCUACAUCCAGCAGUCGGUGGUGAAAACCCUUGGCUUUGUGGUUCCCUUUGUGUCGGUCCUGAUGGCACUAGUCACCGUUCACAUGGCACGCAGUGAAAUGAUUUACCUGCCCCAGAAAGGAAACUCCCUGUUGACAGCCUUUGGGGUGUUUGCUGAUGCUCUGAAAAUACGUUGUAUGAAAUGUCGCUACAUAAGUGAGAAUGUGACAAACUGGCUCGAUCAUGCCAAGGAAAACUACGGUGGAGAACACAGUGAAACUCAAGUGGAAAGUAUAAAAGCGCUGCUCAGGCUCUUUCCUCUCUUUGCAUCUCAAAUCCUUUAUAGGGUGUGUGUAAUGCAGAUGACUUCCGGAUAUUAUCUCCAGACAAUGAAUUCGAAUUUGAAUUUGAAUGGAUUUCUCUUUCCCAUUGCGGCCAUGAAUGUGAUAAGCAUCCUGCCGUUCUUGAUUCUAGUUCCGGUGUUGGAGUGUCUCAAUGGGUGCUUCUUUAAUGCCAAAACUAGUGGAUGGUUUCCUACAGCAUAUAUUGUUCUAGGUUACGUGUCUGCUGCCCUGGCGGUGAUGGCAGCUGGGUUUUUUGAGGUACAUCGGAAACAUUUCCCUACGGUGGAGCAAACGCUUUCAGGCAAAAUCCUCCUGGUGUCCUCCAUGCCGUGUCUCCAUCUGGCCCCGCAGUAUGUCUUGCUCGGCGUGGCAGAAGCUCUGGUGACUCCCACCUGUUCCUUAAUUACGUUCAAGUUUGUGCCUGGUGGAAUUCGGGGGAUUGCUAUGCAAGUCUUGACUUUCUUCAGCGGAGCCGGCUGUUUUGUGGGGGCCUUUCUCGUUCAAGCCACUUACAUCUGGUCACAAGGUGACUGGUUUCCAAACAUUCUAAAUGAAGGUAAAUUGGAGAGAUUUUACUUCUUCCUGGCCUCGUUAAUGAUGAUCAGUACUUUGGGCUUCUGGAUCGUUUUGCACAGAUACAACAACCUGCGUCAAGACUACAAUGAAGGAUUCCGAGGGAAUCUUCUUCAAGAGAGACUUUUACAGGACGAGAAAUCGCUUAAAUUUUACGGCAGCAUCCUGGAAUGUCCUGCUCUUCUAUCUCCUGUGGAGACUGUCCUGUGAAAUCUUCCGCGGCAAAUGG